ACCAUAGUCCCCCCCUCACGCGGCGGCAGAACACGGCCGGCGAUGGAGCACGGGACGUCAUCGGCGGCGGCGCUCUGGGGGCACGAGCACCUCCCGCUGCUGGCCCGCGCGCGCUCCAAGGACUCGGUAGAGUACAUCCUGCAGGCCCUUUGGCGCACCCGCCGCACCGGCCUCGACGCCGCCGACCGCGCCAUCGUCCGCGACAUCCUCCAGCUCCCCUCCGACUCCGAGCUCGACCCCCUCUUGGUGUGCCUCAGGAUACUGACCCGCAGGUGCGUCCAUGACAACAUCGCGAAGGAGGAGAUUCCGAAGCUUUUCCCUGCAGAGGUGCUGCCCGAGCUGCAAAGGCUGCUCACUUUGCUCCUGCAGAAGUUUCAGCCGGAGUGGCGAGAGGACACCUUAAAGGAUCAGGCAUCCGCGGCGAAUUCGGGAACAACAAAAGGCCAUUUGAGUAAAAAUCAAGACGCGUCAGAGCAACCAGCUACUACACAGCUUCACUGUGGUACAUCAUCAGCAAAGGUGUCGUCUGAAUCAGGAGAGAAAGAAGGGAAGCUACAGUUAGCUAAGGAUUCCUUAGACAAAAUGCUCAACGAUGUAUACCCAGUCAGGGGCAAAGUGUCAAAUGCUGUGAGGCAAUACCAACGGGGGCCAUGGAGAAGCAGCCAGAAGCACUUAGGAAAGGAUGAUUCUAGCGCUUCUUUUUUAGCUCUGAGGGCAUUUUUUUAGCUAUAAGCGACCCAUAUGUAAAUUCACUAGUAGUACCUUUUCCAUUUUUAUUAAAUCAUUGGUAGAUAGCAUCUUUGCAACUAGAAUUAUUGUGUUCUUUAUCAGACAGAAGGCAACUUCUGCCA